UGGCGACGGUGGCGGCCUCUUCAGCCUAGCAGCAGGAAGAGGAUGUUCGCUUCCAGUGAAAGAAUAAUAUCACCUGAUUAUAAGCCUUAAUAACAGAACAAACAGCCGUGGAGUUUUCUGCUGAGUCUGCCGGGAUCUACACAGCGGAUUUCCCCCCCUUGAGCCGGCCUCUGUGAGUCUGAAGCAGGGCGCUGGAUAAAAUGUCCCUGUUCCAGUCAGCACUGGAUUUCCUAGCCGGGCCCGGAGCGUCCGGACUGGCAGGCCGGGACCAGAAUGACUUCGUGGGACAGGUCGUUGAGCUCGGUGACAUGAAGCUGAGGAUCAAGAGGGUGAUCGCUGAAGGUGGAUUUGCCUUUGUGUAUGAAGCCCAGGACAUGAGCAGUGGGAAAGACUAUGCCCUCAAGAGGCUGCUGUCCAAUGAGGAAGAGAAGAACAAGGAAAUCAUACAGGAAGUCUGCUUCAUGAAAAAGCUGUCGGGUCAUCCCAACAUGGUUCAGUUCUGCUCCGCUGCCUCCAUCAGUAAGGAGGAGUCGGACACCGGACAGGCGGAGUUCUUGAUCCUCACUGAGCUGUGUAAAGGUCAGCUGGUGGACUUUAUAAAGCGGGUGGAGCAGAGGGCUCCCAUGUCAUGUGACACUGUGCUGAAGAUCUUCUACCAGUCGUGCCGCGCCGUGCAGCACAUGCACAAACAGAAGCCUCCCAUCACACACAGAGACCUCAAGAUUGAGAACCUCUUGAUUAGUAACCAGGGCACCAUCAAGCUGUGUGACUUUGGCAGCGCCACCACAGUGUCUCAUUACCCCGACUACAGCUGGUCGGCCCAGAAGAGGUCCAUGGUGGAGGACGAGAUCACAAGGAACACCACUCCAGCGUACCGAACGCCAGAGAUGAUCGAUCUCUACUCCAACUUCCCCAUCAAUGACAAGCAGGACAUCUGGGCCCUAGGGUGCAUCCUCUACCUGUUGUGUUUUAAGCAGCACCCGUUCGAGGAGGGGGCCAAGCUGCAAAUCGUCAACGGGAAAUACUCCAUCCCUCAGAACGACGUCAAGUACACUGUGUAUCACAACCUCAUACGUUCCAUGUUGAAGGUGAACCCAGAGGAGCGCCUGUCCAUCACAGAGCUGGUCAACCAGCUCCAGGAGAUAGCUGCAGCACGAAACGUCAACCCCAAGUCCCCCAUUACAGAGCUGCUGGAGCAGAACGGAGGCUUUGGAAACAACGGAGCCCAGCCGCCCAUGCAGAUCCAGAACGUCCACAACAAUGCAGGCAUAUACGAUCCUGACCAGGCGGGCAGCGGCCUCUUUGACAUCUUAAAGGGAGGAACCGAGCGCUUCCUGACCAACAUCAAGGACACCUCCUCUAAGGUCAUCCAGUCAGUAGCAAGCAACCCAAGCUAUGCCAAAGGGGACCUUGAUAUUUCCUACAUCACCUCCAGAAUAGCAGUCAUGUCCUUCCCAGCAGAGGGGGUAGAGUCGGCGAUAAAGAACAACAUCGAGGACGUCCGUCUGUUCCUGGAUUCCCGUCAUGCUGGCCACUAUGCUGUCUACAACCUCUCCAAGCGAUCAUACCGGCCUUCUCGGUUCCACAACAGGGUUUCAGAGUGUAACUGGCAGGUGCGCCGUGCCCCCAACCUGCGCAGUCUCUACAGUGUGUGUAAGAACAUGCAUCUAUGGCUCAAACAAGACCAGAGGAACAUCUGUAUAGUACACUGCCUGGACGGCAGGGCAGCAUCAGCAGUGGCAGUCUGCUCCUUCCUGUGUUUCUGUCGCCUUUUCACCACAGCUGAGGCGGCCGUCUACAUGUUCUCGAUGAAGCGCUGCCCCCCCGGCAUAGCACCCUCACACAAGAGGUAUAUUGAGUAUAUGUGUGACAUGAUGGCAGAGGAGCCCAUUGUCCCUCACAGCAAGCCCAUAACCAUUCACUCCAUCGUCAUGACACCAAUGCCGCUGUUCAACAAGCAGCGAAACGGCUGCAGGCCCUUCUGCGAAGUCUAUGUUGGAGACGAGAGAGUCCUCACCACAUCGCAGGAGUACGACAAGAUGAAGGAUUUCAGGAUGGAGGAUGGGAAAGCGGAGAUUCCCCUCAAUGUGACAGUCCAAGGAGACGUACUGGUGGUGAUCUACCAUGCUAGAUCUACGCUAGGAGGACGUCUACAGGCCAAGUUGGCAUCCAUGAAGAUGUUUCAGAUCCAGUUCCACACAGGCUUUGUCCCCAGAAACGCAACCACUGUCAAAUUUAACAAGUAUGACCUGGAUGCCUGUGAUAUCCAGGAAAAGUACCCAGACUUGUUCCAGGUCAAUUUGGACGUCGAGGUGGAACCCAGAGACAGACCCAGCGCCAAGACCCCUCCCUGGGAGGGCUUUCAGACCAAGGGCCUGAACCCCAAAAUCCUGUUUUCCUCUCGAGAUGAGCAGCAGGAGAUCCUCAGCAAAUUUGGUAAGCCUGAGCUGCCUCGUCAGCCCGGCUCUUCUGCUUUUUAUGACUCCGAGUCGCCACAGCCGGCUCAGACUCCAGAAGGCAUAAACCCAACAGAAGUAGAAUCUCCUGCCAGCACCGAUAGCAAUGCCAACAACUUCUUCCAGACACUGGAUUGGGAAGAUGUGGGUGGCCAUCAGGAUGCCUCAGACAUUCAAGGAGGGGGGUACAUGAAUGAGGAGGAGGACCUGAGUGAUCAGUCAGAAGGAGAGUCCUACUCUUACUCUGCCCCUGGGGGGGAGCCUCUGUCACGGGACCCCAGUGAACCUCUGUUUGAUGCUGACUUCCAGAGUUCCCCUCCUGCAGCCCAAGAAUCUACCAUUGAUGACACAGCUGACCUCUUGGGUUUGAACUCUGGCCCCUCCAUGUCCUCCACCUCCUCCACCUCCUCCUCUGCUCCUCCUCCAGGAGUCCAGGGGGGAAUGAAAGCAGCAUCCAGUAACAGUGACCUCCUCAACGACCUGUUUGCGCCCCCUGCUGGUCAGACAGCAGCAGUGCAGGAAGACUUGUUCUUCAGCGAGCCAGCCAGUGGGAACACAUCAGACUCUAAAUCAAUGGGCGACCUGUUUGAUCCAUUUGGGAUGGGCUCUGGCUCUGGGGUGGGCCCCACUGUGGGCUCCUCUGGGCCGGACCUGUUUGGAGACCUGUUGGGCUCUGAUGGUUCAGCUCACAGUAACCCCACUCCUGCUUCUAACACAAGCCUCUUCAACCUCAAUAAGCUAGUGAAGGAUGUCCCUAAGAUGACAUCAUCGGCCAGUCAACCAGACCUGCUGGGUGGGUGGGACAGCUGGGCGGCGGGCUCCACCGCUAACAUGAGCGCCACCGCUAGCAAACCCAGCUACACCAACACAGCUUCUGGUGGGAUACCCAUGUCGAAGGCCAAGUCCCAGACCUUUGAUCCUUUUGCUGACCUAGGAAACCUUGGCACCAGUUUACCAGGUUCAUCCAGCAGUAAUAUUCCGGGGCCUUCAUUUAACUCAAAGGCUCCUCCCCCCUCUGCUAAAUCUCAAGCCCAGCCCUGGCAGGCUGGCAGACCCCCCACAGCCCAGAGCAAAUCCUGGAUGGCUGGAUCUGGACCUGGUUCUGCCCCCAAAGCCCCCUCUGCCUCUCAGCCCGCAGGACCACAGUCCACCAAACCCAACUACAACCUCAACUUCUCCAGUGUCAUUGGUGGGAGGGAGGACAGAGGAGUUCGUGGGCUUGGAUUUGGCGCCAAGCCCAAGGUAAAGGAGGACGAUUUUGAAGACCUGCUGUCCACUCAGGGUUUUGCCUCUAGGCCUGAUAGGAAGGGACCAAGGACAAUCGCUGAAAUGAGGAGGCAGGAGCUCACUAAAGACAUCGAUCCACUCAAAUUACAGAUCUUGGACUGGAUCGAGGGGAAGGAGCGGAACAUCCGGGCGCUGCUGUCCACUCUUCACACGGUGCUGUGGGAGGGGGAGACCCGCUGGAAGCCGGUGGGCAUGGCUGACCUGGUGACCCCUGACCAGGUGAAGAAGUUCUACAGGAAGGCUGUGCUGAUUGUCCAUCCAGAUAAGGCGACAGACAAGCCUUACGAACAUUACGCUAAGAUGAUCUUCAUGGAAUUGAACGACGCCUGGUCAGAGUUUGAGAACCAGGGAUUCAAGUCACUCUUCUAAAACCCUGGUCUGGUUUCCAGCUAGACCAGAUCAGACUGGCUGGAUUUUGCCUAACCAGACGGGUUGGACUGGGCCACAUUGGACAGGACUGAGCCCACAUUGGGCCUUAGGGGGCCGGAGCCUCUGAGAGGUGUCCUCUCUACCAUUCCCUUCACUCCCUUCUUCCUUCCUUACUUUCUUCUGUUUCUACAGUCAAGGAAAAAGACCGUUGGCCUCAUGUCCGGCUGUAGAAAAGAAAUGUCCUCACUGGUUCAUAAAGAGCCAGUAAAUAAACAUUGUGAUAGUACUUAAACUCACUGCCUACCUGUACGACUGCCUGAGUGGUGCUGCACACAUCUGGAGGGGAAGAACGAGUGACAAUCACAUGAAGAAGACAAAAUCUAAAAAAGAUAUCAGAUAAUACAAAUACUUAAAAAAAAUACCCAGCUGGUUAUCCUGUCAUAGGUUUAGAUACAAAGAUUUAAUGACCCCCCACACUUAUAAAAAUGCUGGUCUAAUCAUCUGUAGCUGGCAGGUUUGUCAUUAGUGCCUGGCACUUUAGCAAACAACCGGUCAUUUCACUGACUGGUAAAAAAUAAAAAAAUGAACAUGGCUGUACAUUUUUCAGCAUGCCGGCCGACAGUGUUUUUAAGCUUUGUUGCCUCAAAAAACAUUGAAUGUUGCUGAUGAAUCUUGGUAACAACCAAACACAGCAUCCAACGGACAAAGAAAAUAUAUCCUGCCUCGGAUGAAGAAGCAGGAUUAAAAAUAUCCGGAGGAUUUUAAAACAAAAAUACAUCUAAUGAUAAUAUUAAAACUAGAAGUGCUACCUUUUGGGCUCAACAGUUAGUUGGGUUUGAUGUUGAGCAAUUUAUUCUCCAGAAGUACUUUGUCUGCUGAACACUACUAGUGCUGCUUCUACCAUUACAGUGACUGCUACACACACUCCUCAGAUUGAUGUUAAAAUCUGCAUCCCAAAUUUCUGACAGGAGCUGAACUUGUUUUGGAGCCCCAUAUAAACCUAAGCGGGCAGUCUGUUGUUUUUUGAAGUGCUCUUUUAAUUCCUACCCACUCAGGCUAUACUGUGUAGCUAACUGCAUGCUCUCACACACCAAACCCCUCAUCAACAGGGGGUCGGUGUGUUUGAUUUCAAACCAGGGUAGUCCGAUUGGACGGGGGCUCUUUUAUUGAAGUGCUCUUUUUCUUGUAGCAGAUUCAGAGAAGAGUGUACCUGCCUGAUACAGUUGUGUGACUUCAUGCCUUUUCCAGCAUCACUGUCAUUAUUAACCCCUCUGUAUGCCCCCCCCACCACCACCAUCUUCAGCGCUCAGUUCAUUGGACAUUUCUUUUUCAGUGCAUAGGAGGAGAUCAAAAAGUGAAGGAAUAAAAAGAGACUUUAGUGAUUUAUUCUGGUUGCUAUAAGUUUUCUGUGUAGGUUUGUUUUGCCCUUUUUGUCAGUUAAUCAUCAAUUCAAUGUAAAUAUGAAAAUAAUAUCAUCCAUCAAGUGGCUUUAUUAAGAUUCCAUCCUGGGGAGCUGAUUUAUUAUGGAGCUUCAUGCUUUACUGUGUGAAUGGUUGAGUGAGUAUGUGUGCAAGUCAGUGUGUGCGAGUGUUUCUUUCUGGCAAAAGAUAAUGAAACCUUAUUGGACAUCAUGCUUUUUUGUCUGCAAUCACAAUCUUUUCUUUCUUAAUUUAAUUUCUUCCAGCCUCUCACACUUCAAACAAGUAUUUCCAACUUUUUCUUGCUUUUUUUCCCCCCUUUUUCUAUUUUCUUUAUUUUACAUUUUACCUCAUGGACCAAUCAAAUCACCUGUUUUUCGUAUUUAUUAUAUUUUUUGGGAAGGUUGGGGUUAUAAGGACAUGUAUUCAUGCAUAUUGAUGGCACAAGUGAAAUUGUUCAGAUAAUAUAUAAGUGGAAUGUGCUGAAAGUGGGACAGUCGGUGGUUGAUCAGUGAGCCUCUUUGUUGCUGUUUCCAUUCCAAAGCAUCUAUUAAUACGAAUGUGCUUUUAUGAAAUAUAUAUAUAUAUAUAUCCUCUCUGUUGUUAAACUGUAUAUGUUUAUCAUUUGUCUGUUCAGUUUUUUGUUGUUACCUUUUUUUUUUUUCUUUACUCUUGCUUGUUUCACAUUUUGAACUUCCAACAUGAGGGGCCAGUAAACCUAAGUUAGAAAAAAAUGAAUAAGCUGAUGCUUGAAUUCAGUUCUUUGAAAGUAUCACAGCACAAAGAGGGAGGAUUGCAAACCACACAUCUGCAGUGUUAACUGUACCAAAUUACAUCAUACUAAUAUGAAUGUAGAUUUCAAUGCAAAAACAAAUAAAAACCUUUUGAUUUGAGGCAAAUUAUUUGGUUUCAUAGUU